AUGGGAAGAGAUGACAGCGAGGCCUCAGAUGCUGUUUUGCAGAAGAUCCGGCUCCUUUUGCGCCACCUUGACAAGGACCGCACCGGGACGGUCAGCCAGAGGCAGUUUGAGUGGCUACUCCGCAGCAACCUGCCGGCGGUGGAGUCUGUGAGCCGCGAGGACCUGGACCAGAUGUGGUCCACCUUUCAAAAGCGUGCAGAUGGGGAUAUCGAGUACGAGGAUCUCAUCCAGUGGAUCUUGAAGCCCAGCACUCCGCUGACGGUGAGUUCGACCUGGGAGUUGACCUUCUUUGACUUGAAAUCUCAUUUGGAGCCUUUGUUCUGGGCUUACGACCACGAUCGUGACGGCAUCAUCAACUGGGAGGAGUUUAUGGAAACUCAUGGAGUUCUGCAGAAUGCUCUUCGCCUCAAUCCAUCAUUGGGAGGCGAUACAGACCCUGCCAUGAUCAAGGGUGACUUGCACCAUUGCUACCUCACGAUGAUUGGCUCCGAAGGUGACAGGCGGCUCACCUUCGCCAGGUUCAUAACAUGGCAGCGAGAUGCCCUUAUGUCGUCUUCCCUGCCCUCUGAUGUGCUGGCGAAGACCCUUCGUAGUGUGGCCAAGCAGCUCCAGUGCGUCUUCAAGUUGUCUGAGAUCGAGAAGCGUGGACAGCUAUCAGAGUCUGACAAACAGGUGCUGGUACGCAUCCUUCAGCACCUUGCGCAGUUCAGUCGUGAGCUCUGGGGUCAGUCCGGCUACCAGCGGGAUGCGGUGGUCGCACACAGCUUCGCCAACAAGUGGACGGCGCCGGUGGUAGGCAUGAAUGUGCAGCAGCUGAAAGCCGUCGUCUUGCACGACUUCGACAGAAGCCGGCUGAAGUUCAGCUCCCGAGUGGCCUUGAAGAAGUGGGAGAUCUUCUGCAUCCCGGCCAUCCCGAUCGCACACCGUCUCCCAGCCUGGUUGGCGAGGGUGAGGCUUCUGACGGAGCUCGAAGAUGGCCGAAAGCUGAGUAGCGGCUUCCAUGUCUACCGCUAUCAACAAGAGUUCUUCACUUGGCAGCUCAUCUCAGACGGCACAGCGGGCCCAGCUUUCGAGGUGGCCCUGGAGGGUCUCAGCGCCGAGUUGCGGCUCUUCUGCCUGCUGAAGACCCAUGCCAACUUUGGUGUUCGCCUCCCGUGGCCGAACCUGCAAGAGGCCUUGUCCCAGGCCCUGGGAAUGCAGAUUUUGACGGAGGAACAGCGCCGCCUCUGCCUCUCGGCCUUCGAGGAGCAGGUUGCCAAGGGCCUUCACGCCGAGGGCCUCUACUUCAGCCGAGAGCGCUUGGAGAAGGUCACCGCAGGCCUCGUGACCUCCCCCAGCCACGUCAUGGGCAUCUUCGCCGAGAUGGGCGUUUUUCCUGUGACCUCUGUCUGGGCGGAUUUCCUUGAUGCCUAA